AUGGGCCGAUUUUACAAUUGGAAGUGCGCCAUCAUCGCGUCAGCAGGCAGCUGCCUCUAUGGCUACGACAGUGCCAUCAUAGCAUCAACUCUUGCACAACCGGGGUUCAAUGAAUAUUUCACUCCCACUGCAAAAGUUGCCGGGGCCAUAGGAUCCAGCUACUAUGGUGGCGUCAUUGUUGGGCUGCUCGUGGUCCGUUUUCUCGCAGACACCUACAGCAGAAAAUAUACACUCCUCUUUGGCGGGACCCUGGGUCUCAUUGGAGCCAUUUUCCAGGUCGCCGCACGUGAAAUUGGGCUCUUCUUCGCUGGGCGUGUUCUAGCGGGAGUCUCUUCGGGCAUAAUGCUCACUACAGUUUCAAUUUACCAGUCAGAGAUUGCGCCACCGGCCGUUCGCGGUCGCAUGGUCGCUUUUCAGAACAUGGCACUCUGCGUAGCUGGUCUUCUUGCAUCGCUCGUGGGCUUUGCGGGCAACUUUGCUACAAACUUGAGUGUACAAUGGCGCGUCCCAAUUGCGAUUCAGAUCGUACCUGCGGUGGCGAUGAUAUCCGGAGUGUUUUUCCUUCCGUUCUCCCCUCGAUGGCUGAUUAUGAAAGGGCGCAACGAAGAGGCCAAGGUCGUUCUUCAACGUCUGCAUGAUGACAAUUCAGACCACAUGUUCUGGGAACGGGAGUAUCUUCAGAUUAGUGCUCAACUGGCGCUUGAAAUGGAAGAAUACAGGAAAGAGCCAUGGUUUCACCUCUUGACGAACAAAAGCGAGCUCAAACGAACAUUUUUGGCCAUUUGUGCCAUGACUUCCACCCAGACAAGUGGUGCAACAACCGUCCAAGUUUUCCAAUCCGUGUUCUAUGGGGGUCUUGGCUUUAGCUCGAGAAAGACGCUUGCCAUGGCAAUUGUAUUCCAGAUUUGUCUCCUGGCAGGUGGAAUUCUCAACAUCUCUACAAUCGAUUGGUUCGGCCGUAAGCUUCUCUUCUUGACCGGUCUCGGAGUUAUGACGGUCUUGCUGGCUAUGUUUGCCGCCUUUUCAGACAGAUUUGCGGCCACCGGUGCAAAUGGAAUAGCAUGGGGAAACGCAGGUGUCGCCAUGGUCAUGAUCUUCAUUUUUGUUUUCGGCACGACCUAUCUCUCCACCCCGUACGCAUAUGCGGCCGAAGUCCUUCCAACAAAAAUUCGAUCUUUGGGUUUGAGUAUCGCUCUCUUCGUCGGCAUGGGAAUAACUGUAUGCUUCACUCAAACGGCUCCGAUUGCAUUGAGUAAGAUCGGCUGGAAGUUCGACCUCGUGUUCAUCUCCUGCAACGUAUUCUUUUUCCUCAUUUUCCUUGUCAUGUGUCCUGAGACAAAGGGUCUAAGUCUCGAGGAAAUCAACAAGAAAUUUGGUGAGGUUGUCGUUGUCGAAUUGAACGAGGAAUCCCAAGAUGACAAGGGGGCUUUGUCGACGGAAGAAAAGCGGUCAGUAAACUACGAGAGUCUAGCCCAGCCACCGAUACUAACGACCCCAAGACACUACGAAUCUGUGGAUGAGGUUUAG